AUGGAGUGCGUUGGCAUCUCCUGCUUUGAUCCGGCCGGAGAGCCGGAGGAGGAGCUCCUCGCCGCGGCGCCCGAGGAGGUGCUGCUGGGCGCGUGCGAGAAGGACUGGAGGACCGAGGCGCCGACGCGCGAGUCAUUGAUGGGCGCGUGCGCGCUGUGCCAUCUCGUGUAUUGGUGGCAGGGGCCGCAGCACCGCUCGCUCGCUUCACUGAGAGAAGACGCGUUUAAGAAUGAAGCGCCCGCCGCGCUCGCGCCACCUUGUGAAAAGACGGGGGGCGGCGGGGCGUACGAGUUCCAGGACCGGAACCAGGUCCACAAAUGCGUCAAGGCGGUUUCUGAAGAACUCCACGACGAGGCGCGCGUGGCGCUGUGGCUCGACGCGAUCCACUGUGGUGUGAUCGUGGAGCCGGCGCGCGUCGUCGUCGUCUUCCGCGGAACGGUCGACGCGGACGAGCUCCGGGACGACGCCAACAUGCUCCGGUUGGUGAAGUUGCGCAAGGGCGACCGCGCGCGCGUGCACGCGGGCUUCGUGGCGCACCUUAACAAACAAAGCUGCGGCGAGAAGCUACUGGCGAUAGUGCUCAAGGAGGUGGCCGCGCGCCAGCCGUGCGAGGUGCUCCUCACGGGCCACUCGCUCGGCGCCGCCGCGGCGACGCUGCUUGCCUUUAGGCUCGACAGCUCGACUUUGCGCAUGCGUUUGACGCUGAUCACCUUCGGUUCACCGCGCGUGGGGAACCGCCCCUUCCAGCGGGCCUUCGACGCUUCCCCGAGAAUGCGCCACUACCGCGUGCAGAACGAGUUGGAUCCCGUGGCGCGCGGCCCCUGGUGGCUGCCCUUCCCCGGUUGUUAUAAACACACGGGCCACCACGUCUGGCUCGACGCGUCGCCCUCGUGGUGUCGUGUUCCCUGGUACCGUCAUCGUACUGUAGUUUGCCGGUGGCGGCGCGACGGCGCGAUCUGGUCGGCGGCGCGGCCCGUCAAUUUAUUGGUGUACCCCUUUCGCUGGCUCUGGAACGAGAACGCCGCGGACUUCCGCACGCACCAGCUCGGCGGCAAGUACAAGAAAGGUUAUUUAAUCAAUCUGGAGAAGGCGACGUGGAACGUCGAAUGAUUAGUUCCUAAGUAUCCUACAAGCUCUUCAGCUUGGCCGCCCACUCCUGCGCCCCCCACGCGGACUCCGUGUCGGGGACGAGCUUCCCGUCGAUGACGUGCUUCGGCGUCCCGUAGACCUGUGCGAGACAGGUAGGUCAGCCCCAACGCCAUCGACGCGGCGCCGUCCCCGCGAACCACGUUGCUCGAUGGCGCGACCACGGUUUGAUUUCCGCACCGACCUCUAACGCCGUAGCCGAGCGCGACUUUGUGCUCCGCGUAUGCUUGGCGGAGCAGGCGAAGAUUUUGAUCGCGGAAGUCGAGGAUAAUAAUUUGGGGGACAAGGCGUUGAAUGAGAGGGUCAAACGGUGGUACUCGUGUAGUCAGUGCUUGCAACAAUACCACGGCGUCGUGCGGUGCGCGCUUGGGUGGGCGUGCUGGAAGACGUACUUGGGGCGGCCGGAGGCGGAUGAGAUUCGGCAAUUCGCGAUGAACCAGCUUGGGAACGGUUUGUACAAUACAAACCACUACGAGGACGCGUUGCCCGUGCAAGAGGCUGAGUUGUCUAUGCUGCGGCGCGUUGGCGCGUCAUGGGAACCCAUUCUCCUCGUCCAAACAAAUCUCGCGGGCACGUAUCAGCACCUCGGACGAGGUGAACAGGCCAUGCUAAUGCAACGCGAAGUCUACGCUGGACGUUUGAGGCUCGACGGUGGGGAAGCUCUUGGCACUCUCGCAACAGCCAAUAAUUUUGCGUCGUCCCUUUGUGCUCUAGGCCGCUUCGAAGAAGCCAAGACACUGUGGCGCACAUCGAUUUCCACAGCGCGACGCGUCCUCGGGGAAGCUCAUGAUCUGACGCUCACGAUGAGAAUUAAUUACGGGAGGGCGCUCUAUGAAGACACCGGCGCGACGCUCGACGAUAUCCGCGAGGCCGUGACGAGGUUCGAGGACACUGCACAGAAGGCGCGUCGCAUUCUAGGUGGCUCUCAUCCGCUCGUCGUGAGGGUUGAGGACCAAUUGCAUGACGCACGAGCCGCGCUCCGCGUCCGCGAAACGCAGCCGUAG